CUGCGCUUGAAGCGAUUAGUGGUGGCGGCCAACCAAAGUCCGUCUCGGCGGCGACGCCCUCGCUCGGCGGGGCCACUCCGGCGAACCACGAACCAGCGACGCCCUCUUCCAACCUGAUGCAGGGGAGCCUCUUUUCGGGCGGCCCGAUGACUCCGCGAACGCCCAUGUCGGUGGAGUGCCAGAUAGUGCCACAACUGCAGAACAUCGUCUCCACGGUGAACCUGGGUUGCAAGCUAGACCUGAAGAAGAUUGCCCUGCACGCUCGAAAUGCCGAGUACAAUCCAAAGCGUUUUGCCGCCGUCAUCAUGCGCAUUCGAGAGCCUCGAACGACGGCGCUGAUUUUUAGUUCAGGAAAGAUGGUCUGCACCGGUGCAAAGAGUGAAGAGAUGUCCAGGUUAGCGGCGCGCAAAUACGCCCGAAUUGUGCAAAAGCUUGGCUUUGAGGCCAAGUUUUCUGACUUUAAGAUUCAAAACAUGGUGGGCAGCUGCGACGUCAAGUUCCCCAUUCGCCUAGAGGGCCUCGUCCUGACGCACAGUCAAUUCUCCAGCUACGAGCCGGAGCUCUUUCCCGGUCUCAUCUACCGAAUGGUCAAACCGCGCAUUGUCCUCCUCAUCUUCGUCUCCGGAAAGGUGGUGCUCACCGGUGCCAAAGAGCGCAAUGAAAUCUACCAAGCCUUUGAGUACAUCUACCCCAUUUUAAAGGGCUUUCGCAAGCAGUAG